AUGUCGCCUGAACACAGGUCAUUGUACCAGCGUCUGAACACUUACAGGUCAUUGUACCAGCGUCUGAACAAUGACAGGUCAUUGUACCAGCGCCUGAACAAUUACAGGUCAUUGUACCAGCGCCUGAACAAUUACAGGUCAUUGUACCAGCGCCUGAACAAUGUACAGGUCAUUGUACCAGCACCUGAACAAUUACAGGUCAUUGUACCAGCGCUGAACAAUGAACAGCGCCUGAACAAUGACAGGUCAUUGUACCAGCGCCUGAACAAUGACAGGUCAUUGUACCAGCGCCUGAACAAUGACAGGUCAUUGUACCAGCGCCUGAACAAUGACAGAUCAUUGUACCAGCGCCUGAACAAUGACAGGUCAUUGUACCAGCGCCUGAACAAUGACAGGUACCAGCGCCUGAACAAUGACAGGUCAUUGUACCAGCGCCUGAACAAUGACAGGUCAUUGUACCAGCGCCUGAACAAUGACAGGUCAUUGUACCAGCGCCUGAACAAUGACAGGUCAUUGUACCAGCGCCUGAACAAUGACAGGUCAUUGUACCAGCGCCUGAACAAUGACAGGUCAUUGUACCAGCGCCUGAACAAUGACAGGUCAUUGUACCAGCGCCUGACCAGCAACAAUGACAGGUCAUUGUACCAGCGCCUGAACAAUGACAGGUCAUUGUACCAGCGCCUGAACACUGACAGGUCAUUGUACCAGCGUCUGAAACAUGACAGGUCAUUGUACCAGCGCCUGAACAAUGACAGGUCAUUGUACCAGCGCCUGAACAAUGACAGGUCAUUGUACCAGCGCCUGAACAAUGACAGGUCAUUGUACCAGCGCCUGAACAAUGACAGGUCAUUGUACCAGCGCCUGAACAAUGACAGAUCAUUGUACCAGCGUCUGAACAAUGACAGGUCAUUGUACCAGCGCCUGAACAAUGACAGGUCAUUGUACCAGCGCCUGAACAAUGACAGAUCAUUGUACCAGCACCUGAACAAUGACAGAUCAUUGUACCAGCGCCUGAACAAUGACAGGUCAUUGUACCAGCGCCUGAACAAUGACAGAUCAUUGUACCAGCGCCUGAACAAUGACAG